AUGCCUACUGAGUCGAGGGUCGAGAACCCAUUGUUCCAUCCCUUCCUGUUCUGGUUCCAAAUUUUCCAGUAUUUCACAGACAAGAUCCUCUCUCCAGCACCUCCGGACAGCAGCAAGCCCCUCCGCAGACCCAAGGUAGCCAUCGUUGGAGCUGGUAUCACCGGAGUGACGUCCGCAGCACACUGUGUUGGCCAUGGCUUCGAUGUCACGAUAUUUGAGGCCGGAGGGGAGGAAAACCUAGGCGGUAUCUGGAGUAGGGUCAACAACACCUCCAGUCUCCAGAUCCACUCUCUGAUGUAUCGAUUUCACCCGUCCGUAAAAUGGGAAAAAGGUUACCCGGAUCGCCAGCAGAUCCUGAGCCAGGUCAGGCAGUUGUGGAAGAGAUAUAACCUGGACGAGAAGACAGUAUUCAACUUCAAGGCAAACAGAGUCUACCAAGAUGAGAAAGGCCGCUGGAUAAUCAAUGAUCCCUCCAAUGGGAGAUUCGACGGUCUUAUUGCUGCUGUCGGCACUUGUGGCGAUCCCAAGCGACCUCAUAUCCCAGGCAUGGAGAAUUACCGCGGCCCAAUUUAUCAUUCCAGUCAAUUGACUGGCAAGAGCGCCAAGGGCAAGGUCAUGGUGGUCAUUGGUGGUGGAGCAAGUGCAGUUGAAGCCCUGGAGUACGCAGCCGAUGAAGACGCCGCCAAGGUUUUCGUCCUUGCCCGGUCCGACAAGUGGAUCAUCCCACGCAACCCAAUCGUGAACAUGCUCCUCGCCUUCAACAUCUUCGGCCAAGAAACCGUGUUCUCCUGGAUCCCCGAGAUGUUCCUCAAGAAGCUGUUCUACCGCGACCUGCAAGACAUCGCCCCUUACAACAAGGGAAUUUUCAUGGACACACCCAUGGUAAACACGGACGUGAUGGACAGGAUUCGUUCCGGAAAGGCCGAAUGGGUGAGGUGCGACAUCGAAGGGUUCGAGGAGGACGGAGUGAAGAUAAACCGUCGGGCAAAGGGCGUUCCCGCUGGCGGGCCUGGGCGCGAGGACAUCAUCGAAGCAGACAUGAUCGUCCUCGCCACUGGCUUCCAGCGCCCCUCCCUGUCGUUCCUCCCGAGGGACAGCUUCGACGAGCCUUACGGCGCGCCCAACUGGUACCUCCAGACCUUCCCACCGAACCACCCUUCCAUCAGCGCCAUCAACUGCACCUAUUUGUCGGCGAUCGGCACGGUAGGCAACUGGCACAUUGGAAUCUACACGCGGAUCCUGCUCAUGUUCCUCGUCGACCCCCUCACCCGUCCGAGUCCAUUUUGGAUGGAGCGGUGGAUCGACAUGACUAAAAUACUGAAAGCCCGGAGCCCUACCGGGGCGUUUGACUUUUUCACGUACCUGGAGUUGAUCUGGUGGUUCACAUUCUCUGUGGCUUUCAACCCGUUCAGAUGGAAGUGGGCGAUCUUUGUCUUCUUCGGUAUCGGCUUUGCGCUGCCGAAGAGACUGGUGCAGGUUGAAGAUUCCAUUAGGAACGGCCUGGGCCGACCGUCCAGUGACCAGGUGAACCGGGAUCAAGGCGUGAGUAUCUGA